AUGAAGCAGGCGGCCCAGGUCCUCCACUGGUGCGAGUAGAACCGGAAGGUGUGGCGGAGCUGCUUGCUGUGGAGGCGCCGGAACUGGGAGGCGACGAACUUGAGGUCGUCGGCCACGAGAGCGAAGGCUUCCACUUCGGUGAGGGCCUUCACCGUCCUCGUGGAGGAGGGGAGGUUGGAGGACGAGUUAGGGUCAAGGGCCCAGGUGAGGAGCUCCUCUCCGCAGAAGUCACCCCCCUUGAGAAAGUCCGCGUUGAAGAAGCCGGUCCUCCCGCCGUUGGUCGUCGCGCUCUCCAGCGUCCCCCGCAUGAUGAACAGCAUCUCGUCCACCGGGUCCCCCUCCCGGACGAUGAUGCUGGAUCCCGUGUACAGGACCGGCUUUAGCCUGUCGCACAUCGCGUCCAUCAGCUGGUCGUCCAUCUUCUCGAACAUCGGCACCUGAAGAAAGUCAACAACAAGAUCAUCGCGUAAGCUCUCCUCUUCCUCCGCGCUCAUGGGGAAGUGUUUCAGAAUAAGGGGAGGGGAUUCUCACUCUGGUCAGCAAGGCUAAGCAGAGAUGGCGCUUUAUUUCCCUCCGAAGGUCCUUGGGGAGGUUCUGAAGCAGGUUUUCUUCGUCAACCCCUCUGGUGACCUGCCAUCUGUACUGCUCGUGGCGGCGUAUCCGGUCCCGCAGCUUCUCGGGGAGCAGGCGAUGCGACAUCCAUUGAUCGGUGUCCCGCCUCUUGAUUCUCAUCUCUUCGAUUCUUACGGUGGUCGAUUGAAGAUAAGUCUGAGAAGAAAAAUGCGGCAAAUUAGCAAGCUCGCGCCAUCCGGGGGCCUGUGGAAGAAAAGGAGCGACCGGCAUUCUUUUCAAGGAAUCAAAACGGCAGGUAGGGUGCGGUCCUUGUUCUUGUGAUUCUUAACACGCCAAGCUAUUUGUGCAGCAGAAGUCAGGACUUUCGUGCUCCCUCACUCCCCAGAGAUAACUCCACAGCUGCGGUGUUAACGGCUCGGGAGUGCGCAGGGAAGAGAGAGAGAGAGAGAGAGAGAGAGAGACCAUUAUAACCUCCUCUGGAUGAAACCCAUUCUCUCUCUCGCUCUAUCAUAUGAGUACAUGACUUCGGCUACGUUCCUUGCUCCCCUUGGCAGAUAUGGUAAAAGCCAUGCCGUAAAUAGUGUUGAAUCAGAGUCAAAAGAGAAACGCUGAAAGCUUUUCGUUGAUUGCAACGUUCGAGCGCUAAUGAGCUUGAUGCAUGCUCAAUGUGAUUACGAAAUAAUCAAUAUUCGCAAACUUAAAUAGGAAGGGUAGGGUCUCAAUUUCCGAAACAAUAUCCCGGUGAACGGAAUGAUUUUCAUGCUUACUAUGAACGCACAAGUUUUUCCUAGAUGUAAUUUUAAUGCAUGGAGAAGCAAAACAAAGUGAUUCGUGCAGGCAUUUACCUGCAUAUUCCCGAUUAAGAGGGAGAACAAGACCAAGCCAGAUAUGGAAAUGACCACAGCAAAGACAUUCUCCCAAACGUAGGUGCUUGUUUUCAGAUUUUGGCCAAGAGAACUGCAAGACAUAAUACAUAAUAAUGAAAUUAAUGAGCUAAGAAAAUACAUUCGGUAAAAACUAUGUAUAAUUUUUUUUUUAUUUCAUUUUUUCCCUAAGCUGACAGGAGGCUAAUCCCACUCUAACAUGUCUCCGAAACAGAAAAUCAAGAAUGUUCACGGGUAGAUCCUCGAUGACCACCGAGUUUUCUCAGAAUUCAAUCUCAGAUCUUAUUCUCGUUUGUUCUGGGUCUAUCCAACAGGUUUUGCAGCUUAACGCCGCUGAACUUAGCUUCUCUUGACCCUCGGGCCUAGACAUUCACCAGGAACUCAUAUCCCCCAUGGGUUGUCCGCCGCAGAGUAUCAUGUGAUCCGUAGAGUAUGUUGAAUAUGGGAGACAGUGGUCAUCUAACCCUAACGGAUCUUCUAUCUUUCCUGUGUUUUUCCAUUCCCACAUGUUCUCCUCAGAAGGGCCUCAGCCAGCAAUCGGUUUGACGGUCAAACUACUGAGGCUUAGAUUUAAAUCACAUAAAAUGUGGACAGUCAAACUAUGAAGCUUAGUUCUGACAUAAGUAGGCACCCAAAUGGUCUUAAAAAAUAAAGGAAACAAGAUAGAGGAAUCGCGCUCACCUCAGGUUCUGUAGCCCCCACCAAAGGCAGUAAAACAACUUCUCGGCAAAAUCUUUCGAUUGGACAUCAUUCUCGAGGCCAGGAAGAUAAAUGCCAAAGUCAAAAGCCGACGUGUUGACUGGAUUUAUGGGACAUGAGAGCGUUAAAAAGUCCUUGUUUUCUUGCGGAUUCUCCCCGCAGUACAAAGACCGCACGCAGUCGUGGCCAUCUCUACUGCACGCAUCUCUCCAGCAUGUAUCUUGCCGUUCUAUUGAAAACAAGUACCAAACAGCUCCCAAAACCUAACCAAAGAGUUUACAAAAAUUGAGUAAAAAAUAAAGUUGAUUUAUUUUAAAAAAAAAAUAUCAACAUCAGAACUUGUAUUAGUAUGGGUAUCAUCCACUUUCCUUUUUUAAAAGUGCAUACCUCAGUGUAAUAAAGUUUCUGACCAUAAUGGUCGAUGCGAUGUACAGCACAUGAAAGAUCAAAAUUUAUCAUUUUGGAUAUCUUUCUCUUUAAAAUAAUAUUUCAAGUAUUUUACUCUUCAAUAAAACAGCUAUCAAGAUAGCUACAAGAAACAUAUUAA